UGAGCGAUUAUUUGAACAGAUCCGGCGUGGAUAUUUGCUUAACUUGGUGAAUAUGUGAGACAUAUGAAUAUGUGUAGUCGCAGGGCUCCACCUGGGAGAAGAAGGUGGUCGCGUUUCUCCGCUUGACAGCGUGAAACGCUUUUGUUUGUUCAGACUCCGGGAGUGGACGUCGCUGUCCAGGGUGCUGAAUUUCACAAGGACCGGGUCUAAAUUAAGGGAAAGUGACGGAUCCUAGAUACCCUCAAGCGUGGAUGAAAGCCAGAAUACAUUUUCAUAUCAUCUUCAAGGAUCCGGGCAACUCAUGUGAUCAGUAUUUGCCGAAAAUCAUUGUCUGGAAUGGCAAUUAACCCGUUUUGUUGGAAAUUGGACAACAUGUGAAAUACUUCACCGUUGUAUUCAUUAUGCCAAUUCGGUGUCUUAUAUCACCAUCCGGUAUGUGUGGAUAUCUUUGAUCAUUAUCCGUUCAAAUCUGAGGGAAGAGCAGACAAACAGUAGCAAAAAUGGGACAAUAAUUGAGACAGAUCGGACGGUUUGUUGUUGUUGUCUGUGCUUUGUGUGUAAGGAGUUCAACAGCUCUGUUUUUGAAACAUGGCAGCGGCGAUUGCCAGCGGUUUGAUCCGCCAAAAGAGACAGGCACGGGAGCAGCACAUAGACCGACCAUCCACCAACAGAAGGAGAAAAAGCCCCAAUAAAAAUAAAGGGCUAUGCAACGGGAACCUGGUCGACAUCUUCUCUAAAGUGCGAAUCUUCGGCCUCAGGAAACGCAGACUACGACGACAAGAUCCCCAGCUCAAGGGUAUAGUGACCAGGUUAUAUUGCAGGCAGGGAUACUACUUGCAGAUGAACCCAGAUGGAUCUCUUGAUGGGACCAAGGAUGACAGUAGUAAUUCUUCGUUGUUCAACCUCAUCCCUGUGGGCCUUCGGGUCGUUGCUAUUCAGUCUGUGAAAACGGGCUUGUACAUCGCCAUGAAUGGAGAGGGCCAUCUGUACACAUCAGAACUUUUUACACCAGAAUGCAAGUUUAAAGAGUCUGUGUUUGAAAACUACUAUGUGAUCUACUCAUCCAUGCUGUAUAGACAGCAGGAAUCGGGGCGAGCGUGGUUCCUGGGCUUGAAUAAAGAUGGUCAGGCCAUGAAAGGGAACCGGGUGAAGAAAACGAAACCAGCUGCUCACUUCCUGCCCAAGCCAUUAGAAGUUGCUAUGUAUCGAGAGCCAUCAUUGCAUGACGUAGGGGAGACAGUGCCCAAACCUGCAGUGCCGCCCAGUAAAAGCACAAGUGAAGUUCCAGCUGUCAUGAACGGAGGCAAACCUGUCAGUAAGGAAACCAAGCCCGCCACAUAGCCAGAUCUCAGCUCGGCCUGUGCUUAACCCUGGAGAGCCAUGCUCUUUUUGUCAGGCUCUCCAUGUUUGUGGAUCAGAUCCAGGCAUCCUCUGCUCUCUCUCCUCCCUUCUCCCUUCACUCCUCUGACUGUUCCGAUCUAUUUUGAUGGACUGGCUCUGGAAGGGUGGUCAGCUGUGCACGUAGGAGGAUGGAUAAACCAGCUAAACUCUCACCAUGGAAUGCCCUAACCGAUAUGGAAUGCCUUCUGACAUACAUUUAAACCAAUCUUUUUUUCUGUAAUCGAGACAAUCCACGAGAAUGAAGUUGUGUACCAGAGGCGCUUGCGUGGCGGCCUUUUGCUUGCUAACAUUCACCCCUAAUAUUCCUUUUAUUAAGCCCUGUUGCAGCAGAGACCAUACCUUUCAAAUCUAUUUUCUAUAAAUGCAGUAACACCAGCUAUGUUCUGGGGUAAUACUGUGUAAAGAUAUACAUAUAUGGACAGCAAGCCACACAUUUUUUGUUAUCAAGUAAGCUCCUGUGUCUCUUUCUUUCUAGGUGUCCCUCACAGCUUGAAUUCCAAAUCUUUCCCUUUGUCAGUUAGUUACGAAACUUGUUGAUAUGUGAUUUUCUUAGGCAAAUGUCAUACAAAUACAAUUAUGGAUUUUGAGAAAAUAAUUUCAUGGCGUGUGCAAUAAUGAGACGUCACCGAUUGCCUGUAUGCAGGGAAUUAUUCAAGUGCACUAACAGGGCAGAGUCAUCUAAACUCAUUAUCCAAGGAUCAGUGCUCAUGUCUUCUCAUUCUCAACAUCAAAGACUCACACAUAUACUUAGCUAAUGCCAGCAAGUGCAUUGGUCACGGCCACGGUAUUCAACAUAAGGAGCUGGCAUGUGCUGGUGAGGUGUAUACACUACAUAUCGCUAUCUUGUUCCCACUAGUACGGUGUAGAUCAGUUUCAACCCAAGUAAAUAGCUGAAUUCCACUUUUCUUUGCUCUUAAAUUAGAGCGUGGGCUCUAGGAAAAUCUAUAGGCCUUGUAGGCCUCUGGUCAAGGCCCCUCUUUGACAUGCUGACUCCUCUGAACUAUGGGCUAGAUCUGGUGAGCACAUUAAAUGUGACUCGAGAAGCAGCCGUUGAGAAAUGCAAUCUACCUGAAGUGUGUUAAAAUGGCUCAAUGUAAGUACCAUUACUAUUGGCUGCACACCCAUUUUGUUCAGCAAAAGGCAUGGGCAAGGUUAGUAUUACAUUCUAUUCUUGCAGCGCUUAUGCAGUGCAAGAGAUGGCUUAUGUAACAAUGUUUUCACUGUAUAAAAAUAAUAAUAAAAAAAUAGAGAUUUUUAUCUACCAGAUAUUACGAUUCUGAAACGAGAGGGGUUUUUCCUAGCUCAGCAUGCAGAGUCCAGUACUGCUCAUCGUGUGCCUGUGAUGACCUCUAACCCAGCAUGCAAAAACAUGUACCCAAUCUGUGCUGGGUUAAAGGUGCCUCAUGCCCCAGACGCUACCAGUAACACACAAAUUCAGUAGCAGCUUUACCCACAAACACUCUAUCUGUCCAAGCUUCAACCCUCAAAGGUUGAUCUUGAAAUUUACCAAAGUCUGUAAACACAAGAAUCCAGCUGAACAUUUUCCUCACUGUGACUAGGGUUUGUCCUUGCAGAGGAAUCACAAAAAAACAAUUGUCUCUCUUGUCGACUUUUCACAUCUCAAAACUUAAAGAGGUUCCAACUCUUUUAUUGUCUCUAAUAUUGUUUGUUUAAUAAAAGACCAGGGGUACCUAUUACUAAUCACCUGCAUGCUUUUUCUUACGGACCAAAGUGUGGGACAGGUAGAAAUGUCUUAAACUAGUUUAAGAGGUGUAGGGCUAAAGUGAAUGGGCAUGAUUAUAUAAGGCUCUCUCACACUCUGGAUUGAGACCAUUGCACUUUGCGUUUGAAAUCACCAUCGACUCAUUUUAUUACCAUUCAGUCAAUUAUCAACCGAGUUGACAUGAAGCCUGUCUUGCUUAAACAGUUUUCAUAGUUUGAAUGAAUAGAAUGUUAUGAAGUAGACUGAGGCAAUGCUGCUAAAUACAAAUAUAUUGUACACUUCAUUUGAAGACCUAUAUUUUUAUUUAUUGGGAUUAUGAGCUAGUUUUCAUAUUAGGAAAUGUUCAAGCACAUUAGUUAGACUUAAAUAUCUGUCUGUACAAAGCUGACUUUAAUGCUAGAUGGAGAUGCAGUACUAUACAGGAAAAGUAGCUUCUUACUGUAUUUGAAAUCAGUUUGAGGCUGGUGUCCCACUUCCACACAAAUCACAAAUCACUUCAAUGAACUCUACAUGCUGGGCUACAGCUGCCCUGCAAACCAGUUAACUGGUUUUAUGAAGGUUAAAAUUUAUUUUUGUAAGUGACUGGUGAGUAAGUGUGCAUUUGUUAGUAUGUUUGUUUGUUUCAAAUGUCAAACGUGUUUGUUUUGUUCCAUUCAGGUUGUGUGUGACAUCGUUAAAUCGUUAUGAGGAGCAAUCGAUGAACAACUAGUCAUUUCUGUGGAUUUUUUUUCCCGUAUUCUUAUUUCCAGUGGUGAAGAAAGGUCCUCAUUGUCUGUUGAUUGGUUUUAAAUGUUCGUUUGACAGUUAAUCCAUCUGUUGCAUGGGAAGAGGGUGGCAUAUAAGAACUGCAUGUUGUAGGCUAUGUGUAUCAUGGAACGUUGGUAUGUUCUGCUAAUUUUACAUACAUAUAUGCAAAGAGUUUGUCUGCACUGUACAGUUUGUGUUUGUUGUAUACACACAUACAACAUAUUGAAUAAAAUAUUUAUAUAAAGGUG